AUGUCUGCAGUGGAACUUCCAGAUGUAAAUAUUAGCAUAUGACGAAUUAGAUACGUUUAUAUUCAAAUAAAUCAAGCACACGAUAGAGUAAGAAGAGUGAUUAUGAAAAAUAUCGAAAGUUAGCUGUGAUUAAGUCGGUUGACAAAUUAAUAAAAAAAAAUGAUCUUUAAUCGGUUUUAGGUUUUGAUGAUGAUUAUUACCCUAAAUAAAUUGAAGAUUAGAAGGUUUUAUGCUUAGUUAUUGUAGAAAGUAAAUGAAGCACAUGAAGUUCAUGUAAAUCUUACAGAGCUCAAAAAAAGUUGUGAUUCGAUGAAAAUAAAUGGAAUUAGAAAAGAAAAAGAUAUAGAAAAUAUGAGAAAGGAAAUUGAUUCAAUGACAAUUUAAGUAGAUCAAUAUAAUUAAACUUAAAAUAACCUAUAAACAAAGGAGAAAGAAUUAAAUCAAAAAUUAGAAGACUAGCAUAAACUUUUAAGUGAAAGUUAAUAUGACAGAAAAAUCUUUGAACAUAUGUUAAAUAGAAUGAAGAAAGACUAAUUGGUUUAUUAACUUAGAGCAAACUAAUACGAAAGACAUCUAUAAUUAGCACUUUAAUAAUAUCAUAGUAGCACAUACAAGUAAAUUUAUUAUAUCAUUGUGUAGAACACAAUAAAUUCAAGAAAUAUACAGUAAGACUUUGAUGGCUUUAAAAGAAGUUACUGAAGGGAUUCAUCAAUAAAAUAAAAAUAGAGAGAAGAAUUUAUAAAGAUUUAAGGAUGAUUUAAGAUAGAGAUAAGAUGUAGAAUAGAAGAGAGAUGAUAGAAUAAAGAGAUAAUAAGAAAUAGCUGAAGUUGCUGCAAAGGAUAUAAAAGACAGUGCACUCAAAAAAUGGAGAAAAUUGCUUUUGGUCCAUAAAUUUCUUAAUUCAUUUUUAAAAAACAAAAUGCAAAGAGGAAUUGCUUAAUAUUAAGAUUUAGAAAUGACAUUUUAAAAGAUUAAAGCUUCUACAGGUAUUACUGAUGCGAAUGAAAUUGUGUAAAAGUUCUUAGGAAGAGAAUAAACUUAUGCACAUCUUUUGAUUUCUAUAUCAGAUUAUGAAAAGAAGAUUAGUGCUUUAAAAAAUGAAAAUUAAGAACUUCAGACAUAAUUUUCAAAUUUAAAGCAAUAAUAUACUGAUAUGGAUAAAGAAUUUUAGGUUGAAACAUACAGAUAAAAGGAAGAUUUAUUUGAGCAAGAUAAAUUAGUAUUGGAAGUAGAGGAAAAAGCCACUGUGGCAGGAUUAUUAGAGAACAAGCUUAGAAAUUGGAUGUCUCGAGGAUUGAAAAAGUUAGGAUUAUAAAAAAAUUAAGGGUUUUAAGCCAUUAUUGAUGCAGUUAGGGAUAAAUUGUUAAAAUUGUCUACAAAAGUAUAUUUACUCAAUUUUACUUUAGGACUAAGAAGAUUUAUUAAAUAAAUCAAUGCUUAAUGCAGUUACUGACAUUAAAGAUUAGGAAUUCCUGAAAAGAAAUGUAAGAGUCAAACCAAAAAAAUAACUUACUUAAUCUCAUACUAAUCAUUCUAUGGAUUAAUCUUCAAUCAAAGACGACGAAGACAUGUUUGAUGAAUUACCAAUAAAAGAGGAUGAAGAAGAUGAAUUAGAGGAAGAAAAGCUUAUAGAACAAUUAAGAGAAGAAAUUAAAGUUAAAAAUCAUAAAAAAUGA